AUGGCCUUUGGCGGGGCUUGAGCGCGACCUAUAUAAGAGGCGGCGGAGGCUGCACGUAGCACAGUUCCUUCGUUCUCUCGCAACUGACAACAACAUGAAGUUCCUGGUGGUCCUGAGUUUGGCGGUAGUGUGCUUCGCACGGCCACAGGCCCCUACUGCGGAAGCCCCCGCUGAAGAAGUCCCAACUGAAGUUAUUGCCGCCGACCCCGCUGCCAAUGUUAUUGACCCUCAGUUUGCGUCGUUCAUCUUCCCCGAUGACGAGCCCGCCGUGGUGGCCGCCAAGAUGGCUCACUUCGCCGCCGUGAAGGUCGCUCUUGGUGGUCCACCUGCCACCUCUCAGGUUGCUGCUGAAACACAGGCUGUUGAGGCUGAAGCCACCUUAGCCGCUGAAGCUGAGGGUGAAGCCGUUGCUGCUGCUGAAGCUGAAGCUGAAGCUGAAGCCGCUGAUGCUGCCGCCUUAGAGGCUGAAGCCGCCGAGGCUCAAGAGGCUGAAGCUGCCCUUGCUGAUGCUGAAGCCGCUGAAGCUACCGCCUUAGAAGUUGAAGCCGCUGAGGCUCAAGAGGCUGAAGCCGGUGAAGCUGCCGCCUUAGAGGCUGAAGCCGCUGAGGCUCAAGAGGCUGAAGCCGCUGAAGCUGCCGCCUUAGAGGCUGAAGCCGCUGAAACUACCGCCUUAGAGGCUGAAGCCGCUGAGGCUCAAGAGGCUGAAGCUGCCCUUGCUGAUGCUGAAGCCGCUGAAGCCGCUGAAGCUGCCGCCUUAGAGGCGGAAGCCGCUGAGGCUCAAGAAAUUGAAGCCGCUGAGGCUCAAGAGGCUGAAGCUGCCGCUGCUGAGGCUCAAGAGGUUGAGGCUCAAGAGGCUGAAGCUGCCGCUGCUGAGGCUGAAGCAGGUGCUGAGGCUGAAGCAGGUGCUGAGGCUGAAGCAGGUGCUGAGGCUGAAGCUGCCGCUGCUGAGGCUCAAGAGGUUGAGGCUCAAGAGGCUGAAGCUGCCGCUGCUGAGGCUGAAGCAGGUGCUGAGGCUGAAGCAGGUGCUGAGGCUGAAGCAGGCGCUGAGGCUGAAGCAGGUGCUGAGGCUGAAGCAGGCGCUGAGGCUGAAGCAGGCGCUGAGGCUGAAGCAGGUGCUGAGGCUGAAGCAGGUGCUGAGGCUGAAGCAGGUGCUGAGGCUGAAGCAGGUGCUGAGGCUGAAGCAGGCGCUGAGGCUGAAGCAGGCGCUGAGGCUGAAGCCGGAGCAGCGUAAAGGGAUUGUUACAUAUAGUGUGUAGAUAAUGUAGAUAUAUUAUCUCUUAUAUCUGUCAAUAUGUCUGUCUUCUGUGUCACCCUUAUAUUAUAUCAUUAAACCUUAAUAUAUA